AUGUCUUUAAAUCAAAUAAAUAUUGGUAAAGGGUUUGUUGCUGUAGCUGGCGUCUUCUCUGAUAGUGAUUUCUUGGAAUACUUGCAUAAAAAUUCAGCUAUUGAUUAUGUUGAACAAAAUCAAAUUUACAAGUCCACCGCUGUACCUAAUCAAGAAACUAUUAUUCAUAGUCAUCCUAAUAUUACUAUGUUAACAAAAAGAACUAUGAAUCGUAGAGAUUCCACUACUAUUAAGUCAACCAAGUCUGCUAACUGGGGUCUUGCUCGUAUUAACCAGCACUCUAAAGGUGAUUUAACAAAAUACACUUUUGAUUCUUUAGGAGGUAUUGGCAUUGAUGUUUUUAUAUUAGACACUGGUGUCUAUCCUCAACAUGAAGACUUUGAAGGCAGAGCAUAUCAAUCUAUCAAUCUCGUAAUGAAUGAAGCUAUAGAUGAUAUUGGUGGACAUGGUACACAUGUUGCAGGUAAAGUCAUUGGCCGAGAUUAUGGCGUAGCCAAGAAUGCUCAAAUAAAAGCAGUCAAAAUUUUAAAUAAAAUGGGAGAUGGUUCUACUUCAGGCUUACUUAGAGGUAUUGAAUAUGUCAUUCAGAAUGCUAGACCUGGAAAGAGUGUAGUCAAUCUGUCUUUGAGUGGGCCCAAAUCAAAGAUGAUUGAUGAUGCCUUAAACUCAUUAGUACUUGAAUAUAAUAUUCCUAUUUUCGUUUCUGCAGGCAAUUCGGGUACAGACGCUUGUUUCUAUUCUCCUUCGUCAAAUCCUAAUGUUUUCACAGUAGGCGCUACAGACAUAAACGAUAUUGUCCCUCCUUUCUCUAAUGUAGGUCAAUGUGUCGAUAUCUAUGCUCCUGGUGUUAACAUUACUAGUAGCUAUAUUACCGAUCGUAUGGCUUUCAUAUCCAUGGAUGGUACGAGUAUGGCUAGUCCUCAUGUUGCGGGUGUUGCUGCCAACUUGAUGAGCAAGAAGGACUACCAAAGUGCUCACGAAGUUUAUUCUGAUAUAAAAGAAUUAGCUACAAGGAAUGCGCUUAGUUUUGACUAUGUUAGAAGCACUAGUCCUAAUAAUAACUUGUUAGCUUUUAAUCAAGUAACUAAUUAG